GUGAUUCUCGUGUGUUUCUCAGCUUGCGACCGAGCGGACAUCUGAGUUCUCCGUGGUGUGCCAGCCCUCUGUGGUCUCUCCAUGCCUCCUUCUCCUCUAGACGACAGAAUUGUGGUGGCGCUGCCAAGGCCUAUACGACCUCAGGAACUCCGACUCCGCCUGGACACCAGCUACCUGGAAGCCACCGUGGGCACCGUCGGUCAGUCGACGGUCAUCAGCAGCACCACCGUGGUGAAGAUCCAGGCGUAUAUGCCCUCGUCCAGCGGCUCCACGCGCUCGCUGACGUGUGGAUGCAGCAGUACCAGCUGUUGCACGGUGAGCACCUAUGAGAAGGACGGCCAGGUCAGCGCCAGCAGCCCUAACCUGACCUCCGGAGUCGGCUAUGGGGUCCCGACGGAGGCCAGUCGCACCUCCAGCCUGAUCCGGGGCGGCAUGCGGGUCAUCCACCCCAACGAGCUGGCCAAGAAGCUGACGCAUUGCCCCUUGGGCCACCCGGUGGGGUCGGUCCCCGUCAUCAUCGACUGCCGGCCCUUCAUGGAGUUUAACAAGAGCCACAUCCGAGGCGCCGUGCACAUCAACUGCUCGGACAAGAUCAGCCGCCGACGGCUCCAGCAGGGCAAGAUCACCGUCCUGGACCUCAUCUCCUGCCGGCAGAGCAAGGACUCCUUCAAAGGGAUUUUUUCCAAAGAGCUGGUGGUGUACGACGAAAGCACGGUGGACCCGGGCCGCUUGACGCCGUCUCAGCCUCUGCAAGUGGUUCUGGAGUCGCUGCGGAGGGAAGGAAAGGACCCCAUCGUUCUUAAAGGAGGCCUCACUGGUUUCCGACAGAGCCACGAUGAUCUGUGUGAACACUCUCUUCAUCUGGAGGAAGGACAGGACGGCAGUACCACAAUGGGUCUGUCGGGGGCGCUACCUCAUUCCCUGCCCUCCACGCCGGACAUCGAGAACGCAGAGCUGACGCCCAUCCUCCCCUUCCUCUUCCUGGGCAACGAACGGGACGCUCAGGACCUGGAGCUCAUGCAGCGGAUGGACAUCGGCUUCAUCCUGAACAUCACCACGCACCUGCCGCUCUAUCACUACGACCUCGGCCUGUUCAAGUACAAGCGCUUACCCGCCAGCGACAGCAACAAACAGAACCUGCGGCAGUACUUCGAGGAGGCCUUCGAGUUCAUAGAAGAGGCUCACCGGGCCGGCCGCGGGCUCCUCGUUCACUGUCAGGCCGGCGUGUCUCGCUCCGCCACCAUCGUCAUCGCCUACCUGAUGAAACACACCUGGAUGACCAUGACGGACGCAUACAAGUUCGUCAAGUCCCGGCGGCCCAUCAUCUCGCCCAACCUUAACUUCAUGGGCCAGCUUUUAGAGUUCGAGGAAGACCUGAACAACGGCAUCACUCCACGUAUACUCACGCCCAAACUCUCCGGCCUCGAGACCGUCGUAUAGUGUCUCCUAUCCAGACGGGAUAUCCUUGAUUUGUGGAUGAGGAUA